AUGUCGGAAGUGCCGCGUGGCCAGAAGCGCAGGCAUGAAGGCACGAAUACGGUAAGGAAGCGGCGACGCGUGCGUACCGGCAGCGAGGAGGCACCUACAGAGACAGCGAGCAGCCUCGGGGGCGUUGCUGUGUUCAACGGCGAGAGGCGACACGACGGCGAAGAGGGGGCCGAGUAUCUACUUGGAGAUAUGGCCGUCCUAAGGUACAUUGCGAAGACGCGCCUCGAAGUCGGUGCUGAAGAAGGCACCAACGCAGCCAACGUCCAUGAGAGCGGGAAGUGCGGCGAUCUUGAAGAGGGUGCAGCUCCCGGCGAAACGGCAGAGGUCGGCCGUGCCGGUGCCGUGAUGCUGGCGUUCCGGCAGCCGGCGCCGGUGCCGCGCGCGGAGCGAGAGGAGGGCGUGGAGCUCGGGGCGGUUGUGGCGCCUCACGAGCAACGCGCGGCGGUAGCGCUGAAGGCGGCGAUGUUGGGACGGCUGAUGUCGGCCGUGCCGGUGCCGUGA